AUGAGUAUUUCCAACCCAUACUCUGCUAGCUUUAAGCUUCAGCAGCAGCAGCAGCAGCAGCAAAAGUCCUCUGCACAGGUGUAUCGGCCUAAGUCUGUCAAGCGCUCAACGACAAAUUUGACUCUUCUGGCCGAUGGGCUGAACCCUAAAAGAGAGGGAGGACAGGUUCGAAAGGGCGCGAACAAGGAGGACGACUUUAGAAUUGCUAAUCUGGGAGCACGGACUUCUAGCAUAUAUAGCAAUGAGGGGCCUCGACAGGGUCUCGGUGCAUAUUCUCCGGACUACCAGGUGAUGGAGGCAGCCAAGAUCAAAGGAAACUACCCCACCUCACUCCCCUUUAUUGUUCCCCACGCAGAUGGAGAUAGAACACUCUCGUUGGUCGCCAAGGAAUCUAUCUACUCUGGCGUCUUCAAAGCAAAGCUCAACAUUCCGCGGCCGACUGACGAGGUAUUUGAUAUGCCUGUUGUCAGUCGCUCGGGAGAACGUGUCCUACUUUCGGAUCAUUUGACGGUGUUUCAGUUUCCUGCUCAUUUGCCCGUCGCAAAGAUGACACGCACUCAGAGUGCCGCCCGGGCACGGUCCCAGUCUGCUCCCGGCCCUAUCUCAUCUAUCCUCGCCACUGGAUCGCAUGGCGACGGCCGAUCACUUGCUAGUUACCUACAGAAAGACGGUGCAAUGGUGCCGCCGGGUGGCUCUACUGACACUGUAUCCUCCCAACAAUCUGAUGUACCCACGGUGCAAAAUAAAAGUCCUAUUACUACUUUUGGAGAAGGAAAGAUAGGGAGGCUCUUGCGCUACCGGUCCGGUAAAGUUGUUCUGGUCCUGAACGGUGGCAUCACCAUGAACUUAACCCAGGGAAAUAAGGCAGAUUUUGCAGAGCUUCUGUACUCCCUGGAUGCUCAGAAGCAGACUGCCCAUGCUCUUGGACCGAUUCUUGGACGUGGCACCUUUGCAGUUGAUUGCUUGGAAUAG